CCGGUGCCCCUCCGCCCGUCCGGCAAUGAAACCCGGUGCAGCGGCCAUCAUGCCUCCCCGUCCGCUUCGCGCAUGGCCAAGCCUCCGGCUUGGAAGCACAUCAACAGAUGUUGUUUCUCUGUCCAGCAGAAGAAGUCUUCGUCGUCAGUUCGUCUCAAUCUGUAUCGUGCAGCCCUUAGUCUGCGUGAUGAUGUUCAAAAUCUUAGUCGCUCACAAUUGAUCAAUACACGAGCCGGGUCCCGCCGUCAGCUCCAUCCUCUGCAGUCAACAUCCAGUCAGCGUCCAAGUCAGCUUCCUGGGUCCCAGAUGUCAUUCCCUGGGGCUAGUUUUCUCUCGCCGCAUAUGUGCAUGCUUCGGCGUGUACGAGGCGCUUGGUGGUUCGUCUCCUAGAAUCGAUAUCGUGCGGAUUUCGGCGGAUUCGCUGGGAUCCUCAUGGUACCGGUUUUGGGGCGUCACAUACGGGCAUGUGGGCAGGCGCGAAUGGAGAUUGGAUCGCUCUUCUUGGCUUCCCCUGGAAUUGGGAGCUUGUGAAUGUGUACACUGGUCGCCGGAUUCCUCUACCACCAAUACGUGAGUUUAAAUCCACCCCGGAUAAACUUGUG